AUGAAUAACAAAAAGUCUAUAAAUCGUUAUCCCUUUGCAAAUAAAAAUACACAGAAAUACAGUUUACUCAAAGUCAAUCAGGAAUUAUGUAAUAAAGAAAAUAAUAUUCCGGCAUUUCCUCAUCGUAAAUUAAUAGAAUCCACACAAAAGGAAAAGGUCUUCAACGAUGCGAGUAAAAGAAAAGUCGAGGAUGUAAAAAAGGAGACUAGUUUAGGAAAUCCCAUUUAUAUGAAUUUUGACAUUGGACACCCUCUCGGGAAAGGACAAUUUGGUUGUGUUUUUGUGGCCAGAGAAAAAACAAGCGGUUAUAUAGUCGCCUUGAAGGUUUUGACCAUAAAAGAAAUUAUUAAAUCACAUACCGAAAAACAAUUAAGAAGAGAAGUGGAAAUUCAAACUAACUUGAGACAUCCCAACAUUCUACGUCUUUAUGGGCAUUUUCACGACGAAGCGAGGGUUGUAUUAAUUCUCGAGUAUGCAAAAAAAGGAGAACUUUAUUAUCACCUACGAAAGAGUGGAAGAUUUUCAGAAAAACGCGCGUCAAAGUAUAUUUAUCAAAUGACUGAUGCUUUAAGUUAUAUUCAUAAGAAACAUGUCAUUCAUCGAGAUAUAAAACCGGAGAAUUUGUUAUUAGGAAUGGGUGAUGUGCUUAAAAUUGCGGAUUUUGGAUGGUCAGUGCAUGCACCAAGUCAUAAACGUAAAACGUUUUGUGGUACCUUGGACUACAUCCCACCAGAGAUGGUGGAUGAUGAAGACCACGAUGAAAAGAUUGAUAUUUGGUCACUUGGCGUUUUAUGUUUUGAGCUUCUAACUGGAACAGCUCCAUUCGAAACAGAAGGCGGACAUUCAGAAACGUAUCGAAGAAUAGCAACAGUUGAUUUUACGUUUCCUGAUUAUUUGUCAUUCGAGGCGAAAGAUUUAAUUAAAUCGGUAAUUUCUAGUUUCUGUUUGUGUGAAUCCGCGUUAUUAUCAUACUUACAUUAA